AGAAUAUUACAGUCGACUUGUGGUCUAAAGGGUCCUAAGAUCCGUGGGCCAAAAUGCGUCUGGUGGCUUGUGUUUUGGUCCUGGCGCUCAGUGGAUUGAGUGUUCAAGAGGACAUCGAAGAUCCAGUCUAUGCAGCAGAAAACAAUCCAGAACAAGAUGGAGGCGUUGUCUACUAUGACGAAGACAGAACAAUCGUAGAAGAUUCUUAUAGAAUACCUGUAAACGGCAGAAGCUAUAGCAACAACGAAUACAGUUAUUCAGAAGACAACAAAGGUAGUUCCGUUUACCAAGAAGAUGACGGAGUCAUUUCUGGCUCAGACAGAAGUUCCAGAGACACUGCAGCCAAAAGUAAAAACUAUUACGCGAAUGACGAUUACGUGGCCGGCAAUGCAGCAAACUAUGAAACCGAAAACGACCAAUACAGGAAUUUCUAUCUAAGCCCCGAUAGAACUGUAUUAAACUCCGGUAGAAGAGAUGCUGUCGACCAAGAUUACAGUUCCUUCUACGCUGAUGAAGACAGAGUGGCCGCUUCGGCGUCAAGAGAUUCUCAAGUCAAUCAAGAAUCUGACUCUUAUUACGAAGACAAAGAUAUCACAGCUGUAUCUAGUAGAGAUUCUAAUAAGCGAGAGAGUGAGAAUAAUCAGUAUUAUGCUGAUGAACAUGGAAGUAGAUCGCAGAGCAGUAAGAGUGAAUCAGAAUCGGACAGUGAGAGUAGUGUGGUAAAGAAGAAUGAUGGGAGCGGAUACAGGAAAAGUAGCAGCUCGAGCUCCAGUUCUAAAGUAUCUUCGUCAUCUGCCUCGGAGUAUGAGAGCGCUCCGGAUGGGUUGAAUUUCGAAGUGAGGUCCUUCGAAAGGGUGGAAGAAGGCGUGCCGGUGAUCACCAUGCAACUUAUACCAAGGAUGGAAACGCGUCCAGGACACCAUUCUCCAGGUGUAAGCUACCCAGGAGUACAAGGUCACAAGGUCCCCAUCUACAACAACAACGGGGAGACUGUCUCCUUCCCCAUACCAUUACUCCCAAGACCUUAUCCACAUCCUCCAAGACAUCCACACGGCCAUCCAUCAGGUCAUGGAAAUUCAGGAGAUUCUGAAACAGGCAAUGGGCAUCCAGGACACACUAAACCGGGACGUGAGCAACCAGGUCAAUCUGAACUGGACUAUGACCAACCAGGACAUGGGCAUUCAGGAGGAUCUCCACCAGGCCAUGAGAAUCUAAGCCAGUCUGAACCAGGCCACAGGCGUCCAGGACACUUUAAACCAGGACGUAAGCAUCCAGGACACACUAAACCAGGACGUAAUCUGAACCAGGCCGUGACCGCCCAGGACAAUCUGAACCAGGCCGUGACCGCCCAGGACAGUCUGAACCAGGCCGUGACCGCCCAGGACAAUCUGUACCAGGCCGUGACCGCCCAGGACAAUCUGAACCAGGCCGUGACCGCCCAGGACAGUCUGAACCAGGCCGUGACCGCCCAGGACAAUCUGUACCAGGCCGUGACCGCCCAGGACAAUCUGAACCAGGCCGUGACCGCCCAGGACAGUCUGAACCAGGCCGUGACCGCCCAGGACAAUCUGUACCAGGCCGUGACCGCCCAGGACAAUCUGAACCAGGCCGUGACCGCCCAGGACAGUCUGAACCAGGCCGUGACCGCCCAGGACAAUCUGAACCAGGAAGUGAGCAUCCCGGACAAUCUGAACCAGGCCGUGACCAUCCAGGACAGUCUGAACCAGGCCGUGACCAUCCAGGACAGUCUGAACCAGGCCGUGACCGCCCAGGACAAUCUGAACCAGGCCGUGACCGCCCAGGACAAUCUGAACCAGGCCGUGACCGCCCAGGACAAUCUGAACCAGGCCGUGACCGCCCAGGACAAUCUGAACCAGGAAGUGAGCAUCCAGGACAAUCUGUACCAGGCCGUGACCGCCCAGGACAAUCUGAACCAGGCCGUGACCGCCCAGGACAAUCUGAACCCGGCCGUGAUCAUCCAGGACAGUCUGAACCAGGCCGUGACCAUCCAGGACAAUCUGAACCCGGCCGUGAUCAUCCAGGACAGUCUGAACCAGGCCGUGACCAUCCAGGACAAUCUGAACCAGGCCGUGACCACCCUGGACAGUCUGAACCAGGCCGUGACCGCCCAGGACACUCUAAACCGGGAAGUGGGCAUCCAGGACAAUCUGUACCAGGCCGUGACCGCCCAGGACAAUCUGAACCAGGCCGUGACCGCCCAGGACAAUCUGAACCCAGCCGUGAUCAUCCAGGACAAUCUGUACCAGGCCCUGACCACCCAGGACAGUCUGAACCAGGCCGUGACCGCCCAGGACAAUCUGUACCAGGUCGUGACCGCCCAGGACAAUCUGAACCAGGCCGUGACCGCCCAGGACACUCUAAACCAGGAAGUGAGCAUCCAGGUCAAUCUGAACCAGGCCGUGACCGCCCAGGACAAUUUGAACCAGGCCGUGACCACCCAGGACAAUCUGAACCAGGCCGUGACCGCCCAGGCCAAUCUGAACCAGGCCGUGACCGCCCUGGACAAUCUGAACCAGGCCGUGACCGCCCUGGACAAUCUGAACCAGGCCGUGACCGCCCUGGACAAUCUGAACCAGGCCGUGACCGCCCUGGACAAUCUGAACCAGGCCGUGACCGCCCUGGACAAUCUGAACCAGGCCGUGACCGCCCAGGACAAUCUGAACCAGGCCGUGACUAUCCAGGCCACACUAAACCAGGCCGUGACCAUCCAGGACAGUCUGAACCUGGUUAUCCUUUAG